AUUUAUGAGAAUGCGUGGUCGGAUUUUGACCAAGAAGAGGAGUGGAUUGUUGAAGAACCAUCUGGUUCAACCGGCAUUAAAGAAGUUGAACCUUCUUUAAUGCAAGUUGAACAAGAAGAUUUUUCAGUGAUAGAAAUUAAAGAAACUCCGUUCAAGAGUUAUACUUUUGAGUAG